CAGAAACUAAUUUUCGAUAAAAAAUCAGAGGAAACGGAACAUUCAGAUGAAUUACGCAUGGAGUGUGGUGUUGAGAUAGCUGGUGAAAAGUUUGUGGAAAAAUAUUUUACAUUAUCAUUACCGCAGCGGCGUUCGAUUUUGACGGAACUUUCCCAAAAUUUUGGCGUAAAUCAUGAAGCAUUGAAACGAGCUAUUCUUGUUUAUAAGAAGAAUGAACAGGGAUUUAUGAAUAUCGGGUCAGCAGUGCGUCCUCGGUAUUUCUAUCUGUUUCAGUCUGUCGGCAAUCUUAUAGGUGGUAUCAAACAAAUAUGUUUUGUUCGUGCUGACGUUUUGGAAAUGCUUCGUUCAUCAAAUUUAACAAGAAAUGAGAGUGCAGCUUUACGACCGGUUGAAAGUUGCUUGCGUGAUUUAUUGACGCUCUGGUUCUGUCAGAGUAAUUUGCGUCUACAACAGCUUAAGGUUGAUUCACCGAUAGAAAUUCUUGAUAAGGUGAUGAAAUAUGAAGCAGUGCAUCCAAUUGCGAGUUUACUUGAUAUGAAGCGCCGUUUGGGUCCUAAUCGACGUUGUUUUGUAUUUAUGCAUGAAGCAAUGUCUUUUGAGCCACUCAUAGUCGUUUAUGUUGCGUUCAUGCAAAAUUUUGCCAAGUCUAUGGAGGAGAUAAUGAAUGUAACUAACAUAAUCGCAAACGAAAGUUUGAAUAACACUGCUGUAUUUUAUUCCAUAUCAUCAAUACAACCAGGUUUGAGGGGUAUCGAUUUGGGUAAUAUGAUAAUAAAACGGGUUAUUGCCGAGAUUUUAAACACCAACCCACAUAUCCGUACUUUUGGAACAUUGUCACCAAUGCCUCAUUUUCGUUCAUGGCUUCUGCGUUCCUUAAAAUGUGCAGCACCAUCUGGUGAUGUUAUUGAUGAAAGGUUGAUGGCAAUAUGUGAAGAAAAUGAAUCUUUCAAAGGAGAUAUCAACAUGCCGGAGCUUGUGCGAUUGUUUUUAUUGAAUCACUUAAAUCAGAUAAAUUUAGAAAAAAGACCAGAGAGUAUGAGGCUUGAAGAAAUUUCUGAGAUUAUUAUGCAUUUAGCACUUCGCUAUCUAGUGGAGAUAAAGCAUACGGGAACAGGACGUGUUUUUGAUCCUGUUGAAAAUUUCCAUUUGCGAAACGGUGCAGAGAUUUAUUCUAUAAAUUGGAAAGCUGAUACAACUACGAAAGGAAUGGAACGCAGCUAUGGUUUGAUGGUCAACUAUCGUUAUCGAUUAGAUCUAGUUGCUAAAUAUGCGGAUCAGUAUAUAAAAAAGGGAGAGAUUGCGGUGAACUCUCAAGCACUGGCGAUGUUAUGA